GAGGGGGCGGCGGGACCGGGACUGGACUGAGGGGGCGGCGGGACCGGGACCGGACUGAGGAGGCGGCGGGACUGGGACCGGACUGAGGGGGCGGCGGCCGCGCUCGGGUCGAUGCUGCGGUGGGGGCUGCGCGCUCUGAGCCGCUGCCCGGCGAGCCCGGCGUGCGGCGGGACCUGGCGCCGGGCGGGCCGCGGGGGAGCUGCCCCUGCUCGGCCUCUGCUCCCCGCGGCUCCUCUCAGCGUCUCCUCGGGUCGCACCAUGGCCCAGGACCUGAGGGCGGCGGUUGGCAGCCGGGCAAAGAGACUGAGCGGCAGCGGCGGGGCGGUGGAGAGGCCGGAGGAAAACGGGCAUCACAACAAGAGGCUGAAGGGAGACACGGGUGAGGAAGAUGCAGAGGAUCAGAAUAAAAAGUCACCCAAAAGGAAGAUCGUGUUGCUGAUGGCGUAUUCGGGGAAGGGCUACCACGGGAUGCAGAGAAACAUGGGAUCUUCACAGUUCAAGACAAUUGAAGACGACCUAGUGUCUGCCCUUGUUCAGUCAGGCUGCAUCCCAGAAAACCACGGGGAAGAUAUGAAGAAAAUGUCUUUCCAGCGCUGUGCUCGAACAGAUAAGGGUGUGUCUGCAGCUGGACAGAUUGUGUCGCUAAAGGUCAGGCUAAUAGAUGACAUCUUAGAAAAGAUCAAUAACCAUCUUCCUUCUCACAUCAGAAUUCUGGGUCUGAAGAGAGUCACUGGGGGAUUCAACUCCAAGAACAAAUGUGACGCCAGAACCUACUCCUACAUGCUGCCAACGUUUGCCUUUGCCCAUAAGGACCAUGAUGUGCAAGAAGAGGUUUAUCGGCUGGACAGAGAGACCCUCGACAAAGUCAAUAGACUGCUUGCGUGCUACAAAGGAACUCACAACUUCCACAACUUCACGUCUCAGAAGGGACCCAGGGACCCCAGUGCCAAGCGGUACAUCAUGGAGAUGUACUGUGGAGAGCCCUUCGUGAGGGAAAACAUGGAGUUUGCCGUGAUCAAAGUGAAGGGCCAGAGUUUCAUGAUGCACCAGAUAAGGAAGAUGAUCGGGCUGGUGAUAGCUAUUGUCAAAGGUUAUGCUGGCGAGUCUAUCAUGGAGCGCAGCUGGGGAGAGGAGAAAGUAGAUGUCCCCAAAGCUCCGGGACUUGGGCUGGUCUUGGAAAGAGUGCACUUCGAGAAAUACAACCGGCGUUUUGGAAACGACGGGCUGCACGAGCCGCUGGAGUGGACGGAGGAGGAGGAGAAGAUUGCUGUUUUCAAAGAGCAGUACAUCUAUCCUACCAUUAUCAACACAGAACGGGAGGAGAAAUCCAUGGUGAACUGGCUCAACACCCUCCCCAUCCAUGACUUCAACUCUUCUGUUGUUGGGGUGCACGCUAACCACGAAAAUUCAAAGAGCAGCAGCGAUCUGGAAGGCAGCGACGGCUGUGGUGGCGAUUCCGACUGAGCCGUCGGGGGCUGGGCACGGGGCCCUUGCUGCUCCCAGUUCCCGUCACCUACAAAAAGCGGCCUUUGCGAACCCCGGAUCCAGCCCCGCGGGUCCUGUCCUUGCGGAACCAGAACUGGCUGCCCAGGAGAACCUGGGUGGGAAACAGCGCUGUAGGAAAAAGGAAAAGAGGCUUUUUAUACCACUGAUUCACCUGACUGGUGCACUUGAAAGUAACAAGAAAGAAGCUUUCUAAAAGAAUCUUAGGAUCUUGGAAUGCAGGAUGUCUUAAUUGCUAUUUGAAUAGUGUUUUUAUUUUAUGUUUACCUGGAAAAUAGUAUUUUAAAUAUGUAUAAUCUAUACCUAAAGAUGGGGCAAAUAAUUUUAAUAUACUCUUUGAUUAUGAAAUUAUGACUCCAUUAACUUUUGGGUUUGUUUUUUUGUUUUGUUUUUUAAAUUUCCUCCACCUUUACUUACCCUGAUCUCUAAACACCACUGAGGUUUGAUUUUCCACGUCACCCGUGACUUUCCCGUGGGAGAACAUCCCUGGGCUGGGAGCUCAUGGUGCUGACUGCUGUCAGUUCUUUUGGUAUUGGAACAGAUUUUCUGUGUUUUCUUCUAAAGCUUCGCAAGCGUGAAAGAAACGAUUCCUGCGCUCAGUGAGAGGGCUGGACUUCGGGCCAUGGACUGAACCAGAUAUUUAAGCCUGGACCGUUACCUGGGAGGUGUCGUCCUCCCCGUGUUGCUGGGUUUUUUGCCAGAGUGCAGCUGUCCCAUAAAAAGAGAUUUGCUUGUUUAUUUUAUCAGGGUUUUAAUUAGAGCUUUUUAUUAUGAAGGCCUUGCUCUGUUUUAUCAGAGCAAAUGUGUAAAAGUGCCCUGGGGAGGGAUUCUACCCACAUCUUCAUUUAUAUCCCUCGUUGGUUCACACUGUUGACCUUGUCUGCGUUAGUCUUCUAUCCAAAGCUCCAUCUUUCUAGUCUUUCUACCUUUAUUUGCUUAUAAUAAAGGCUGCAAAACUGAUGUGUAUCUCAGUUGAAAUCAAUGAGAAUUUCUAUUUAUAGCCUUUGAAGAAAACAAUAAUUAAAAAAGGGUAUUUCUUA